AUGUCAACGGACGAAUUCCUCUCGAUGCUCACGGCAGAAGAGAAAAGACUUUACGAGAACAAAAAACGCAUCAAGUAUCACCAGCGAUGGGGAUCUUACCUCAGUGAAAGACAGUGGGCAACUGUGCGCGAAGAUUACUCUGCGCUGGGCAGUGCGUGGGACGAUUUUUCGUUCGACGACUCUCGUUACAGAACGUAUAGAUGGGGAGAGGAUGGUUUGGCCGGAACCUGUGACACGCAUCAAUUGGUGUGUAUGCUGAUGGCGUUGUGGAACGGCGAGGAUGACUUCUUGAAGGAGAAGUUGUUUGGAGUCACCAAUUCGCAAGGUAACCACGGUGAGGAUGUCAAGGAGUUGUACUACUACUUGGACAACACUCCCACCCACUCGUAUAUGAAGUUUUUGUAUAAGUAUCCCCAUGCCAAGUUUCCAUAUGAGCAAUUGGUUGAGGAGAAUGGGAAGCGCUCGCGGUUGGAGCAGGAGUAUGAGAUCACAGACACUGGCAUUUUCGACGAAGGUCGCUAUUUCGACGUAGUUCAUGAGGUGGCCAAGUCCGACGAUGAUCCAGAGGAGUUGUUGUUCCGUAUCACGGCCUACAACCGUGGUCCAGACGCUGCGCCUUUGCACAUUGCACCCCAUGUAGUAUUUAGAAACACCUGGGCUUGGGGCGCAGACAAAGGCACCAAGCCUCAUAUGAAGGCCUUGGACGAGUACACCGUGGAGGUGGAUCACCCCAAGUUUGGCCCACGCCAAAUGGUGUUUGCACCUGCUCCUGGUGUCACCGAUGGCAGUGCAGACGUUGAGCCUGUAUUGUUGUUCACAGAAAACGAAACAAACAAAAAGCAUUUGUAUCUGCAAGAGAAUGAGGCCGAGUACGUGAAAAAUGCGUUCCAUGACCGCAUUGUGGAUGGUGACAAGGACGCCGUCAACCCAGAAAAGCAAGGUACCAAGGCAUGUGCCUGGUUCUCCUUUGACCAAGAUGGUGGUGUUCCUCCUGGAGACUACGUCACCAUCCGUUACAAAUUCUCCCGUAAGGGUGGCGACAUUGAUGAGCUUGAGUUCGACAAUGUGUUUGCUCGCCGUCAAGAUGAGGCCGACGCUUUCUAUUGGAAGGUCUCGCCCUUGCCUCUUACGAACCAAUUGAGACAAGUCCAACGUCAAGCUUUUGCUGGUCUUUUGUGGACUAAGCAAUUCUACUACUUCGUGCAUAACUACUGGUCUGGUGGUGACCCCAAUCAUCCUCCACCUCCAGAGAACCGUGCCAAUGGCCGUAACAAGGACUGGAAGCAUUUGUUCAUUGACGAUGUUUUGUCCUUGCCUGACAAGUGGGAGUAUCCAUUCUUCGCUGCUUGGGAUACCGCAUUCCACUGCAUUCCCUUCGCUAUGAUUGAUCCGGAAUUCGCCAAAAAACAGUUGGUGCUCCUCACUCGUGAGUGGUACAUGCAUCCUAACGGUCAGCUUCCAGCAUACGAAUGGAAUUUCAGUGAUGUCAACCCACCUGUGCAUGCGUGGUCUUGUUACCGUGUGUUCAAAAUUGAGCGUAAGAUGUAUGGUACCGAGGAUUUGGAUUUCUUGGAGGGUGUCUUCCAGAAGUUGCUCCUCAACUUCACCUGGUGGGUCAACCGUAAGGACGCUGGAGGUGACAAUUUGUUCGAGGGUGGUUUCUUGGGACUUGACAACAUUGGUGUAUUCAAUCGUUCCGAGCCUUUGCCAACAGGUGGUCGUUUGCAGCAGUCAGAUUCUACUGGUUGGAUGGCCUUCUACUGCUUGCAGAUGUUGAACAUUGCAUUGGAGUUAGCCAAGACAAGACCAGUGUACGAGAACAUUGCCUCAAAAUUCUUUGAGCACUUCUUGCUCAUCGCCGACGCAAUGUCCUUCACUGGAGCAAAAGGAGAUGAGUCCGAGCCCACUGAGCAAUCCUUGUGGGACGAUAAAGAUAAGUUCUACUACGAUGCCAUUCACUUUGGCUCUCACACCACAUCUUUGCCCAUCCGCUCUCUUGUUGGUUUAAUUCCUUUGUAUGCUUCUUUGACCCUUGAGCCAGAACUUCUUAACAAGUUCCCAUCUUUCAAAAAGAGAUUGGACUGGUUCAUUGAAAACAGAAAAGGAGUCGCUGAGCGUAAUAUUGCCUCCAUGAGUAAUAGAGGUGUAGGCGAGCGGUUAUUGUUGUCUCUCGUCAACAAAGAUCGUUUAGUCUCUAUUUUGGAACGUAUGUUGGAUGAGGAUGAGUUCCUUUCUGACUAUGGUAUCCGGUCUUUGUCCAAAUAUCAUGACAAGAACCCAUUCAAGCUCGAUGUUCAUGGUCAACAUUACGAAGUUAAGUACUUGCCAGGUGAGUCUGAUUCAGGAAUGUUUGGUGGUAAUUCCAACUGGAGAGGACCUAUUUGGUUCCCAGUCAAUUUCCUCCUUGUCGAGUCGUUGCAACGUUUCUACUUGUAUUACGGAAGUGACUUGAAGGUCGAGUGCCCUAAGGGGUCUGGACAGUAUCUCAAUUUGGCGCAGUGCGCCCAAGAAAUCCAGCAUCGUUUGAUUCACUUGUUCAUUCCAGAUGCUGACGGGAACAGAGCCUGCAAUGGUGAAAAUGAUUUGGUCAAUCAAGACCCACAUUUCAAAGACUAUGUUCCAUUUUAUGAAUAUUUCGAUGGAGACACUGGACGUGGUUUAGGUGCGCUGCACCAGUGUGGUUGGACUGCUGUGGUUGCUAAAUGGAUUCACGACAAUGGUUUGACGUGUAGAACACCCAAGACGCCAAAAACUCCAGUCCCAGAGCGCAAGCAAUCCAUUCACUCGUUCACUCUUGAUUCGAGUGACUCUCACCGUGACGAUGACAUCAGUCUGUAUGCACCAAAGGCUGGACCAUUCCCUGGAAGUUUGAUGAGAAGACGUAGUGGAAAGUCUCUCCUCAACUUGACCAUUCAUGCAUUGGAUGACGAUAAUGCUGAUAGCGACGUAGCUUCUGUCGUUUCUGGUGAGAACGUCACUGCUAGACUUGCGGAGUUGGACUUGUGCCCCUCUGUUUCGCAUACAUCCACCGACCUGAGAGCGUUUGACGAGACGUUAGUGGACCAGAUUCGUGCCGCUUUUGACAAGUAUAAGCUGAGAACUGACGAGGACGAAGCCGAUGAGUUUGAAACCAGGCACUAA